AUGGGCAGCCGCAGUAGAAACCACCCGAUUCGGAAAUGUGGGGGAAAUGUGUCACCAGACAACAACACGAAGAGCCGGAAAGGCGAAAGCCAGAGGACGGGCUGCGGCUGCAAGGCUGGUGCUGCGUGCGUGGGCUCUGCAGCCCUGCGUUGGAAGGUUGUUGUCAUGCAAAUACAGGGCUAGGAGAGACGAGGGGGGGGGAGGAAACACUUCUUCGUUCAUGUUGCGAGCAUGGAAGGUAGCACCUUACUCUCCUCUCGUCGUGUGUUUGAUUCUACUCUAUUUGAAUCGGAUGGAACGCACCAGCUUGUACACACAUGCGUGGAGGUUCUAAGUUUGUUUUGGUUGACGUCAGCAUGAGGUCGAGAUUGUUUUGUUGGGGUGGUUCAACCUGCUAGAAAACACCAACACGCUGGUUGUGGUUUCUGCGUGACUGUUGUGUCGGACUGACUGG